AUUUUAUUCAAUAAUAAUUAAAAAAAAAAAAAAAAACCAACACAGACCAGAAAAAACAAAAAAAAAUUUUUGGUUUGGUCUUUGGUGCGAAAUCGAACGCUUUCUCCUUCUCCCUCUAAAUCUGUUUCUCUUUCUCUCUGCCUUGCCUCUUCGAUUUUGUUCCUGCAAAUCCCUACCCGGAUCUGUAAGUUAUUUAAGUUUUUUCUCAUUAUUAAACUUAACCGUAUAUUGUCGUUGAGAUCAAAUGCAUCCAAUUCAACCCAAUUCUGCUAUCUUUUGACGUUUUCAUCUUAAGUUAUGCUCCUGCAACUUCUGGGCGUCCUCAUAAACCCUAGAUCUCGCUCUAUUCGCUUUUUUAUGGAUUUGAUUUAGGGUUUUAAUUUUUGGAUCUCGAGGUUUUAGUCGCAUUACAUCUCGAAUUUUGAGGUGUUGGAGGAGCGGGUCUGUAAAUUGGGAAUAAUUGGAGUUUAUAUAGGUCGCAUUUUUGUUGAUCGUUAGGGUUAAGGUUGUUAUUUUAGAUGGCUUCCAAUCCUCCAUUUCACGUGAUGGAGGAUCAGACGGAUGAGGAUUUCUUUGAUAAAUUAGUUGACGAUGAUUUUGGACCUACCAACUCCAAUUUGGUCCCUAAGUUAACGGAGGGCAGCGAUUCCGAUGAGGCCAAAGCGUUUGCCAAUCUGAGUAUUGAGGAUGCAACCGGUGAAGGGAGAGAUGAGGGGAAAGAUGAGAGUGAUUUGGUGCAUGCCAGUGCAGGAUUAUCCAGUGUACUUGCAGAAGAAAGUGAUACAUUGGAUUCAUCUCUCGCAUUGGUGUCCAAUACUAAAGUUGAUUCAAAUAAUGACUGGAUUGAAUCAGAGGUUGUAUCAGAUCCAUUAAUAGGUGAAACAAGCGGGUCCACAAAGUCAGGGGUUAAGGAGGUGGGAUGGGGUUCAUUUUAUGCUGAUUCUGUACCUAAUGGGAAUCAUGAAUUUGGUGCCUAUUCAGAUUUUUUUAAUGAUUUGGGAAACACUGCAGGGGAUUUUCCUGAGCAAGCUGGUGAAGCUGCUAAUUUAGAGAAAAAGGAUGGUGACAGACUGCAUAGCUCAGUCAGCAGUUAUGGGGAAUAUCAAGAGGGCACACAAGGUUAUGGAGGAUCCAUUGAGGAGAGUGUAAAUGAGCAGGAUUUGAAUAGCAGUCAGUAUUGGGAGAACAUGUAUCCCGGUUGGAAAUUUGAUGCCAACACAGGUCAAUGGUAUCAAGUGGAUAAUUUUGAUGUAACAGCCAGUGUCCAAGGGAGUUCUAAUGUUAACACAGGGAAUGAAUGGGCGGCAGUUUCUGAUGGGAAAAUACAGAUGAAUUAUUUGCAGCAGACUUCACAUUCUGUGCUGGGAACCGUGGCUGAGGCUAGCUCAUCUGAGAGUGUGUCUACUUGGAAUCAGGUAUCUCAGGGGAUUAAUAAUGGUUAUCCAGAACAUAUGUUUUUUGAUCCACAAUAUCCUGGUUGGUAUUAUGACACAAUAGUGCAAGAGUGGCGCUCCCUGGAAAGCUACACAUCGUCUGUUCAAUCAGCAACUGUUCAGAAUCAUGAUCACCAGGCAACUGUUCAAAAUCACCAUCAGCAGAAACAAAAUGAAUUUGCUUGUGCUGAUUUGGGUUCUCAGAACACCAACAGUAUUUAUGCUGGAUAUGAGCAAGUUGACAAGCAUGACUCACAAGGCCAUAAUAGCCAAGACAAGCAUCGUAGCUGGGGUGAGUCUUAUGGUGACUACAAUCAGCAAGGUUUGAAUAUGUGGCAACCUGACGCAGUUGCUAAGACUGAUACUGUUUCAGAUUUUGGUAGAAACCAGCAAUUGCUUAAUUCGUAUGAUUCAAAUGUGUCCAUGAACAAUCAUGUGGAGCAGCAUAAACCUUUUAAUUCUCUGGGAUCAGUUCUUUCAUAUGACAAUCUGAGUCAGGGUCGUGUGGAUUCUAAUGGGUUCAUUGGGUCCCAAAAUUUUAUGCCUAGUGAGAGCUUCGGUCAGCAGUUUAAUCAGGGAACUGUGGAGCAGAGCAAACCAAUGAACAUUUCAAAUGAUCACUAUAGCAGCCAGAAACCAAUAAAUUUUUCCCAGAAAUCAUUUCAUAACCUCCAGCAGCUGUCUUAUGCUCCCAAUGCUGGGAUGUCAUCUGCUGGGCGUCCUCCGCAUGCUUUGGUUACAUUUGGAUUUGGUGGAAAGCUCAUAGUAAUGAAAGAUAGUAGUUCAAGUUCUUUGACGAAUGCUUCAUUUGCAAGUCAGGAACCUGUAGGAGGCUCAAUAUAUGUUUUGAAUUUGAUGGAGGUUAUCUUGGGAAAUGACAACAAUGCUCUAAAUAUUAGGGGGAGCACUUGCAAUUAUUUCCAUGCUCUCUGCCAACAAUCCUUUCCAGGUCCACUGUUGGGAGGCAAUGUUGGAAGUAAAGAGUUGAAUAAGUGGAUUGAUGAUAGAAUUGCUAAUUGUGAAUCACCUGACAUGGAUUAUAGAAAUGGCAAAGUACUGAAGUUGCUUCUCUCUUUGCUUAAAAUUGCUUGUCAACAUUAUGGAAAAUUUCGAUCUCCUUUUGGCACUGAUGUUUCUUUGAAGGAGAGUGAAGCUCCAGAGUCAGCAGUUGCAAAACUUUUUGCAUCUGCCAAGAGAAAUGGCACAGAAUUCAGUGAUUAUGGUGCUUUAAGCCGCUGCUUGCAGAGUUUGCCGUCUGAAGGACAAAUUCAGGCUACUGCCUCUGAGGUACAAAAUCUUCUGGUUUCUGGUAGAAAAAAAGAGGCUUUGCAGUGUGCACAAAUAGGCCAGUUGUGGGGACCUGCGCUUGUUCUCGCAUCACAGCUUGGUGAUCAGUUCUAUGUCGAUACUGUGAAACAAAUGGCACUUCGGCAGCUGGUAGCAGGAUCACCUUUGCGGACAUUAUGCCUGCUAAUUGCAGGGCAACCGGCUGAUGUAUUUUCCAGUGACGCUACAACUGGUAGUGGUCUUCCUGGUGCUAUAUCUCAACAGCCUAUCCAGUUUGAAGCAAAUGGAAUGCUUGAUGAUUGGGAAGAAAAUUUGGCUGUAAUAACUGCUAACAGAACUAAAGAUGAUGAGCUUGUGAUUAUACACCUUGGAGAUUGCCUAUUGAAGGAAAGAAGUGAGAUUACGGGUGCACACAUCUGCUACUUGGUGGCGGAGGCCAACUUUGAAUCAUAUUCAGACAGUGCAAGACUGUGUCUUAUUGCAGCAGAUCACUGGAAGCAUCCUCGGACUUAUGCUAGUCCAGAAGCUAUUCAGAGAACUGAAUUGUAUGAAUACUCAAAGGUGCUUGGCAACUCCCAGUUUAUCUUGCUGCCAUUUCAGCCAUAUAAGCUGAUAUAUGCAUAUAUGCUGGCUGAAGUGGGCAAAAUUUCUGAUUCACUAAAGUACUGUCAGGCAAUACUAAAAUCUCUAAAAGUUGGUCGUGCUCCGGAAGUAGAAACAUGGAAACAAUUAAUAUUAUCCCUUGAGGAGAGGAUUAGAACUCAUCAACAGGGUGGAUACACGGCAAAUUUGGCUCCAGCAAAGUUAGUUGGUAAAUUGCUGAAUUUCUUUGAUAGUACUGCACACCGUGUUGUUGGUGGUCUACCACCACCUGUACCAUCAACAUCACCAGGAAGCAUGCAAGGUACUGACCGUCAUCACCAGCCAACGGUGCCUAGGGUAUCAGCUAGUCAGUCAACAAUGGCCAUGUCAUCUUUAAUGCCUUCUGCUUCUAUGGAGCCCAUAAGUGAAUGGGCAGCUGAUGGCAAUAGAAUGACAAUGCAUAACAGAAGUGCUUCUGAGCCAGAUAUUGGUAGAACUCCAAGACAGGUUGAGUCACCAAAGGGAACCUCGUCUAAUGCGCAAGGGAAAACAUCAGGUUCAGGCACAGCAUCUCGCUUUGGUCGUUUUGGUUUUGGUUCACAGCUUUUACAAAGGACAGUGGGACUCGUCUUGAGGCCCCGUUCAGAUCGACAGGCUAAAUUGGGUGAAACGAACAAGUUCUAUUAUGAUGAAAAGCUCAAGAGAUGGGUAGAGGAAGGUGCAGAACCUCCGGCUGAAGAAGCAGCCUUGCCACCCCCUCCUACAACUUCAGCCUUCCAGAAUGGAGUGUCUGACUACAACUUAAAAUCUGCACUGAAGAGUGAUGGAUCUCCCACUAAUGGGAGCCCAACAUCUAAGACUCCAAAUCCUGUGGAACAUGCUUCGGGGAUACCACCUAUUCCAACCAGUUCAAAUCAGUUCUCAGCUCGUGGGCGGAUGGGUGUCCGUGCAAGGUAUGUUGACACCUUCAACCAAGGAGGUCGAAGCUCGGCAAAGUUAUUCCAGUCGCCAUCGGUUCCAUCUGUCAAACCUGCUGUUUCUGCAAAUGCAAAGUUUUUUGUUCCCACACCUCUCCCAUCAAGUGGAAAUUCAACAGAAAAUGUAGCAGAAAAUGUGCAAGAAAGCGCAGGAUUUGCAGAAUAUCCUUCAACCUCUAUUGAUGACUCUCUCCAAUCUUCCUCAUUGUCUUCAAAAAUGAAUAUGCAAAGAGCCCCGAGCAUGGAUAAUAUUCCAAGAAGGGAGAGAACAAUAAAUGAUAAUAUACCCAUGUCAUCUCAUGCACGACGAACAGCAUCAUGGAGCGGAAGCUUCAGCGAUUCAUUUAGCCCUCCCAAAAUGGUGGAAAAUAAACCUUUGGGGGAGGCAGCGGGCAUGCCUCCAUCGUCUUUCAUACCUGGUGAUCCUUCUAUAACACAGAUGCCAAUGAAUGGUGGCGGUAUUGGAGAUGACCUACACGAGGUGGCCCUUUAGGAAUAACGAAGAUGUAAAUACCAAGUUUUGUCCCGUGAUCAAUGCAAUACUUGGGAUGGGCAGCAACAUGCACAUCUCAAAAAAGGCACAAUGUUUGCACCAGCAUCUGGAUUCAGAAAGUAAAAUAUGAUGUUCACAAAAAAAAAAUUCCCCGUGAUCUCCCUCCUCUUAAAUGUAAGUUGGAAUGUGGUUGGCAUAUAUUUUACUGCAAACUAAGCCUAGGCUUUAUUUAAUGUCACAGGAGUUGCCACCAUCUGAUGCUUGAGGAGCUCGUUUUUGUUUCUUAACUGCAGAACAGAGAAGGCCUUCACAGGCAUUGUUGUACAGUUGGUUCAUUUGUUCAUUUGUUAAAAACAGGAAAUGUCUCUUGGGCAAGAUAGAAGCAAGCCCCAAAAAGGUGUCUCAAGGGACUAAAAUAGUGUACUCAUUUGGAAAUUUAUAUAUAUUUAUAUUUAUAUAUUAAAAGAACGUUUUGCUU